AUUGACAUCAAGUAUUUGUGUAUAUCUAUAUCAAUGACUAGACUCACCUAAAUUUAUUUUUCUAAUUUCUAAACUUUUACAAUUUUACCAUAUAUUUUCUGGUUCGAUUUAUUCCUCUUAAAAUUGUUCCUAGUUUAGCCGGUGAAUAUGUUUGGGGCUAAGACCACGAGCCUAUUGUUGGGAAAAAUGAACGUUUUCUCAUGUUUCCAUCCGAUGACCAGGCAACUCCAAUUGCGACGUGGCUUCAGGGUAGCUGUUAUUGGCGCUGCCGGAGGCAUUGGCCAGCCUCUGUCACUGCUCUUGAUGAAAGACCAAAGGAUUAAGGAGCUCAGGCUGCACGACGUUCAAAAUGUGAAAGGUGUGGCCGCAGACUUGUCUCAUGUCUCCUCACCGGUUAGUGUACAGGCCAUGCAAGGACCUGACCAGAUAGAGAAGGCUGUUGAGUGCUGUGACGUGGUUGUGAUUACUGCCGGCCUGGCGCGUAAGCCAGGUAUGACCCGCGAACAGCUAUUCGAGGUGAAUGCGACCAUCGUUUGCGGUGCAGUGUCUGCAAUUGCCAAAAAGUCCCCGGAGGCCAUGAUAGUGAUUGUCACUAAUCCCGUCAAUUCAAUAGUACCUAUGGCCGCCGAGGUUCUUAAACGUAAUAAUACUUACGAUCCAAAGCGAUUGUUCGGUGUUACCACGCUAGAUUGUGUGCGUGCCGAGCGAUUUAUUGGUGAAUUUCUGAAUAUCAGUCCCACUAUGGUGAAAAUACCUGUUAUUGGUGGACAUGCAGGUACAACAAUUUUGCCCAUUAUGUCACAGUGCAAGCCACCCAUGAAGGCUGGUAGGGAGUGCAUUGCAUCUAUAAUCAAGCGCGUCCAGACCGGCGGCGAAGAGAUAAUUCAGGCCAAGGAAGGCAAAGGAUCUGCCACCCUAUCCAUGGCCUUUUCGGCGAAUCGUUUCGUAGACGUUUUGUUUAGAGGUCUCAGCGGUGAGAAAACACCGAUUGAGCCCGCCUACGUUGAAUCCUCUGUGACGGAUGCCUGUUUUUUUGCAACGCCUCUCAGCUUUGGUCCCAAAGGCAUCGCUACGAACCACGGAUUGCCCCGUCUUGAUAAAAGCGAAGAGGACGCCAUGAAAGUGGCGGUGAAAGAAUUGCAGCGGUCUAUACAGUUAGGAGUUGACUUUGUGAAAAAGUAAACUCAAUUUUAGAAAUAUAUAUAUUAUAACUUUGCUC